GUAAAGUUUUGGUGGAUGAAAUGACAUUGAAGUCUUUGGAGGUUGGAAAUGGUGCCAAGAUCAUGCUUAUGGCUUCUCAAGGCUUGCACCAAGGGGAUGGACCAUUAAGAAAAGAAGCUUCCAACUUGUCCACAGUGAGGAGGAUGCCUGAAGCUAUGAGACCUAAAAGGGACGUUCCUGAAGUUCCUGUUGUGAAGAGCCAACUUGAACGGUGGAAGGCUACUGGGGUCAUUGCACUAUCAGGAUGCAAUCUGAAGACCCUGCCUGAUGAAGUGUUGACCUGUGGAUCUUCUGCUAGAGUCCUUGAUCUCAGCCACAACUCACUACAGCAUCUCCCCUCUUCGAUUAAUAGCUUGAGUUCUCUUCAGAAAUUGAUUCUCAAUGGGAAUGAAAUUAUGGAUAAUUCCUUAAGCUGGGAAGAGCUAGCUUCUCUAAAGAGUCUUAUGUUUAUUUCACUGAACCAAAACCACAUAGCAACAUUGCCUUGUGAGAUUGGCACUUUGACCAGUCUGAGACAACUUCAUAUUGCACAUAACUAUUUAACAGAUCUCCCAUCUGAGAUAGGUCAGCUGACCGGCCUUGAGGUUCUGAAAGUUAACAACAAUAGGAUACACUCUAUUCCGGAAAGCAUUGGGGGUUGUGCUUCUCUUAUUGAGGUUGAUCUUUCAUCUAAUCUUUUGUUAGAGCUGCCAGAAACAAUUAGCAAACUAAAGGACUUAAAGGCACUUUAUCUUCGAAACAACGGGCUCAAAUCUCUUCCUAGCAGCAUUUUCAAACAGUGCUGCGAACUCUCUAUACUAGAUCUCCAUGGCACUGAAAUAACUAUGGAUGUUAUCUGCCAGAUUGAAGGAUGGGAGAAUUUUGAUGAGAGAAGACGCUCUAAGCAUCAGAAGCAACUGGACUUCAGAGUGAGCAGCUCUGGCAAAUUUGAUGAAGGAGCUGAUAAGAGCUAAUCAUCCAGAUACAAAGUGCUCGGUAACUCGGGACUAUUUUUUAGCAGUUACUAAAAGCAAAGUGUUUUUCUUUUUGGGGGCAUCUUCCUUUGGCUCUAUUCAUCAGCGUCAUUGCCCUUGGACGUGUGAACAAUGUCCCAGAUUGAAAUUUAAUGAAUAGAUUAAAGUAAAGGUGAAGAACGCAUAGCCAACAACAAAUAAUAUGACACCACCAAGACCGGGUAACAGAACGGUGGCCAAAGCAGCAGAUCUCAUAGCUCCGGUUCUUCCUCCAUCAAAAGCUCCAAGCAUGCUAUGUAGUUUGACUACGAGAUUGAUUCUCUGAAGAUAGAAAAACAGAGGAUAGAGGAUCACACUUAUAAACAGCCUUUUUCAUCGUCUUUCCUUGACCCAAGCACUAUACAAGAUCAAAAAUGAAGAAAUAUUUGUGUAAUACCAAGCUUUUGAAACUGUGUAGUGCAACACGAGAAACUGAAAAUGACCUUGCAAUUAAUAGGGAAUGUAAUCCAAUCUAUCUCCCCUGA